GCUCAGGGUCUACCGUCAAGGCAUGAGUAGCUCCCAUCCUAGGUAUGUUCUUCUCAUCUAGCUGCCUUCUUUUGACAUGUUCCGUCUGCGUCUGGUACCUUGUCUUUCAUAUUCAACAUGCAGCGAUUCACACGACUCGGUAUUGCAUCUCCCCUCAGAUGUUUUCACACCCACCAGAUGACGUGGUGUUCGUCAGCACUAGCAAGCUGCCAGACACCACUCACGCUACUGUAUUUUCAGCAGAGAACACCGAGAUUGUGCAUAGCCAAGAGCAGAGAAGCUUCCCAUCGCGAGCCACAGUGAAGAGAUCGAAAAAACAAAGACCUUUCGGUCUCUGCGAUGAUUAACAGAAUUGAACCCGGACUUCUCAUGGCCGAGAUAACAAGGGCACAGCAGCC